CUGAGGGUCAACUCCUCCGCCCUCUGCCGCGAGCCACAGCAUCCCGACGCAAAGCAGCGCUGUUUCAAGCAACCUCAUCACGGUCAUCAUCUUCUUACCUUUAAAUUCAUCAAACCACACGUACACAAAGCUGUUCACGUGGGUGUGCGCGUUUUCUUUUUCCUGCACUGGCGGCUCGUUUCGACGAUGGCCGAGAGCGAGGCAGAUACGCCGAGCACGCCGAUUGAGUUUGAGAGCAAAUACUUCGAGUUUGAUGGAGUGCGGCUGCCGCCCUUCUGCAGAGGAAAGAUGGAGGAGAUCGCCAACUUCUCCCUUAGAAGUAGCGACAUAUGGAUUGUCACGUACCCAAAGUCAGGCACCAGUCUACUUCAGGAAGUCGUGUAUCUAGUGAGUCAGGGAGCGGACCCUGAUGAGAUUGGCCUUAUGAACAUUGAUGAACAGCUGCCUGUUUUAGAAUACCCGCAACCUGGGCUGGACAUCAUACAGGAGCUGACGUCACCUCGUUUGAUCAAAAGCCAUCUUCCCUAUCGAUUCCUCCCUACAGCCAUGCACAAUGGAGAGGCUAAGGUGAUCUACAUGGCUCGAAACCCUAAGGAUUUGGUGGUAUCCUACUACCAGUUUCACCGCUCUCUCAGGACUAUGAGCUACCGGGGAACCUUCCAGGAAUUCUGCCGGCGCUUCAUGAAUGAUAAACUGGGAUAUGGUUCCUGGUUUGAACAUGUUCAGGAAUUUUGGGAACACCGUAUGGAUUCUAAUGUCCUUUUCUUGAAAUAUGAAGACAUGUAUAAGGAUCUGGGGACAUUAGUGGAGCAACUGGCACGUUUCCUGGGUGUUUCCUGUGACAAGGCUCAGCUGGAGGGCAUGGUGGAGAGCUGCAACCAGCUCAUUGAGCAGUGCUGCAACUCAGAGGCACUGUCCAUGUGCAGAGGUCGCGUUGGUCUGUGGAAAGACAUCUUCACAGUGUCUAUGAAUGAAAAGUUUGAUGCGGUAUACAGACAGAAGAUGGGGAAGUCCGACCUGACCUUUGACUUCUGCCUGUGAGGAACGCCUGACCAUCUCUCCGUAUCGCCCCCCGACUCACUUAUCUACGCUAGCUCAUUUCCUGUCAAAACCCAAGCUCCUACAUCUCCCCUCAGUCAAUAUGAAGUUCAAUAGUUCAACCUAACAGUGAGCUCACACUAAAAGACUUUUCACAUAUGCAAUCCCAUGUCAGCAGAAAUCAGAAGUCACACUGUCGUGGAGAUUACCGAAUUUUCUUAAUCAAUAGUUAAACCAAAUCUCCCUCAGCCCCUACCUCCACAGCAUGCUGCAACUGCUGUGUAUGUUUAUAGUAUAUAUCGACUAGAUUAGGGUCAGCCACUGAACCGAAGUCUUGGUGAAUGCAUUCAUAACAGGAAUUUAACCUGUGUGCAGAUAUAUGUGAUGAAAAACAUUGGAAAUGAACAGGGAAAGCACCAACCUGGGGUCAUGUUAUAAGGACAACACUAACAAUGUCGAGUCAGCACUAGUUGAAGGAAAAAAACGAUACUUUGAACCACCAACUGUUUGGCAGCAUUAUGGACACGACCCUGAGAUAUUUUCUCAUGUCAUGAGCAAAGAGUUGUAUGUUUACUAUAAGUCCAGAAUAUUCAGGAGCCACAGUCAUUUAUCGCUGUGGCCAUUUGACAAACAUAAGCUCUGUUUUGGUCUCCGCUAAAAUAACGAUGAAAAAUAUCAGGUAGACGAAUAGUGCUCGCCGUCAACUUGUAGGUAAGCCGGGCAGACUAUGUGAGGACAGUCGAUAGGCGCUCAAGGAAAUGGGUUAGAAAAAAACAAAACAAUGAGCUAAAACACUAAAAAACUUCUUCAUUGGUUUGUCACUAUGAGCGAUGACUUUGAGAUUACACAAACUGUUUUGACCAGUUUUUACUGCAAACAUAUUUAUCACGCAGUCUGUCAGAUCUUUUAUUUGUGGUCUAUAUAAAAUACCUUUAUUUAAACAGGGAAGGCUUUGAGAGCAGGCUCUCUUUUACAAGGACCCCCUGAUUAUAACACACAUGAAAACAUUUACUUUCACUCAUAACAUAAAAAUAAUAUAAAGAAACCUCUUGAAUUAUCUAUAAAAUGAUAACAGAUAGAAACUGAAUAAAACAAAAUGCAUCUGAAAGAAGCAAGUAUGAUGGAAAUGUCCAUAAUCGAUUUAUCACUAAACAGUCUUGGUACCAAGUAUAGUGUGAAGUUGAAAUAUAAAGAAAAAGACACAUCCAAUAUUCCCAUGAAGUUUGCCAGUAAGAGCUCUGUAAAUAAAUAAAGUCCAGUGUUGUUCUCGUCUCACUGCCAGCAGCUGCCACCUUGCUUUCUUAUAUAAAGAACUGUAAUGUUUCUAAAUCUGAGGGUGGACUGAGGCCGAGUCAGGAGAAGCAUAUCAAUGAUUUCAACAUGAUUCAAAACAAAUAAACCAUAUGUUUUCUGCAUCACUGGGGAAUACAAGCCUUAAUUUAUAGAACAAUGUCAACUUUUCUGUGAAAGACAGUUUCAUUCCAGUAAUAUAAUUUGAAAGCAUAACUUGUCAUUAAGGCAGAAAUCUGGGUGUUUGCAGCAGGUGUCCUGGUAAAAGUAGUAAAACUCACUACAGUGUAACUAUUAACCAUCCUGAUGUCAGCAUACAUUUGGUUCAACAAUUACUUUUAGAUUAAUAAAAGUUUAAAACUGCUUGGCGAGUAGAGGGCUCUGCUCUGCAUCAGCUACAAAUAUUUGGACACGUCUGAUGUGAGUGUGUAUGAGAUGUGGAGAGGGACACCUGCCUUAUUAAUCUUCAAACAUGUCACCUGAGUACAUCAGGGCCCCGUCAAAUUCACUGACUCGCUAGUGUCUAGAUCCACACAGUGGUGGUUGGGUCAGAACUGGAAACAUUGACAUAAAUAGAUAUUUAUGCCAUCAAAUUCAUCUAAAAUAGCUUUUAUCACAUAAAAUAAUUGCAAUACUGGAUUUAAAGAAGAAGUUAUGUUAUCAGCAGUUUACACGCAUUUGGCUGAAAGUAAUGGAAUGUGGCCCUCUGGUGGUCACAUACGACAUAUGUCGUGUUUUGAAGGAUUCGUAGUUGAUGUUGGGUCACCUGGGGGGUAAAUCCUGAUGACAGAGCUGAUACACCAGAGCUGAGCUGAAGCAUAAGGAUCAUUUAGAGUGCAUUAUUUCUUUUUAAAUUACUUUUAAGCUUUCACAAAAAUCUGUGUUGGGGAUACAGAUCUGUUGGACUCAUCGUAAAUUCCUACUGGCCCCUGCUUAUCCCACGCAUUUGACCUUAUGCGUGGGGCCAGUUGUUGCGACAUACGCACAAAAUAUAACCAGUUUUUUCUCUACAAACAAGGGAACACAAAGGGAAUCAAGUCUGUACCACAGUGAACAGUAAAAAUGUUUUUUUUCUCAGAAAUGUCAGGUUUAAGAGAGGUGGGCAGAAUAUUAACCCAUAACCAGCAUUAACUGUGUUCUGCUACCCAGUGUAGGGCCACAACAGCACCACUGUCUAACUGGAGUCAGACUGGAAUCAACCUGAGCACCACCUACAAACAGUACAGCACCUUCUACUCCUACUCAUCCUCUGUUGCUGCAGUACUUCAUGCAGACUAGUCCCUGCGCUCUACUUGACACAUGUGAAUGUCUUUAUUGUGUGGAUGUACACUACAACCUCAGCACAACUCUGCACAUUUGUUUUUUUCAUUGUUCUUGUUUCCUACUGUAACACUGUUUACAACCAUUGGCAAGGCUUUAGCAAGCCCAACUCCACUUAUCUUUUUAUUUUGGGUUUUUAUACAUGCCCGUCUCUGUUUCAGGACAUCCUUUUAUUGUAUUUGACAUGCUUUGCUUGCUGGUUUAUUAAUAAAGUAAUGUCUUCAUGUGAUAUCCGA